AUGGCGGCAAGAAGGGUGUGUAGUGCCGUCCUGGCCAUUGGCUUGCUGCUGGCCGCCGCCGUCGCCGCAGUGCCGCCUCAUCUUCAGCUGGUGACUGACACUGACGGUGGUUUGUCGCUGGACUUCCACGCGGCGUCGUGCCAGCAGCUGGAGGGCAUCGUGCGCGCCGCCGUGCAGGCCGAGCGAGGCCAGGACGUCCAAGUCACGGCCGGCCUCCUCCGCAUCUUCUUCCAUGACUGCCUCCCCCAGGUUCAUACAUACCCCCCUUCAUAUAGCUUCCGUUAUACAAACUUACAAAGGAAAAACGCUUCUGUAUAUGCAUGUAUGUAA